GAUCCAACGGUGCUGAAAAGUGAAAUCUCCAUCUUCAGGUUAGUUUAGGGUUUUUCAAAGAUCGAGAAGAAAAACACAAUCGAAGAAGAUGAGGUUGGCGCUUGCAUUGACAGCGAAGAGAUUCGUUCACCUGAGGAAAGCUUCUCCGUCGUUUUCCCUUCGAGGUGUCAAUUUCUCUGGUGCGAGUUAUGACUACAGAGAUAACUUGAGUAGAAAUGCGUUACUCGAUUUGAAGUUAGACGAUGCUGUUCAUCUGUUCGGUGAGAUGGUACAGUCUCGUCCUUUACCUUCCAUUGUUGAGUUCAGUAAAUUGUUGAGUGCCAUUGCUAAGAUGAACAAGUUCGAUGUUGUCAUCUCUCUCGGCGAGCAGAUGCAAGAUUUGGGGAUUGCACAUAAUCUCUAUACUUACAGUAUUUUCAUUAACUGUUUCUGCCGACGCUCUCAGAUCUCUCUUGCAUUAGCUGUUCUUGGCAAGAUGAUUAAACUCGGUCAUGACCCCGAUAUUGUCACGCUUUCUUCGCUGCUCAAUGGCUACUGUCACGGUAAGAGGAUAUCCGAGGCUGUAGCUUUGGUUGAUCAAAUGGUCGAAAUGGGAUAUCAACCUAAUACUGUUACAUUUAACACGUUGAUUCAUGGGCUUUUUCUCCACAACAAAGCUUCAGAAGCAGUGGCGCUAGUUGAUCGGAUGGCUGUGAAAGGCUGUCAACCAAAUCUGGUUACAUAUGGUGCUGUAGUAAAUGGAUUAUGUAAGAGAGGUGAUAUUGAUUUGGCUUUGAGUUUGUUGAAGAAGAUGGAGAAAGGAAAAAUAGAGCCAAAUGUUGUAAUCUACAACACAGUUAUCGAUGGUCUCUGCAAAUACAAACAUGUGAAUGAUGCACGCAACCUAUUCAAUGAAAUGGAGAACAAAGGAAUUAGACCAAAUGUUGUUACUUACAGCUCCCUCAUUAGUUGCCUUUGUAAUUACGGAAGAUGGAGUGAUGCCUCUCGACUACUGAGUGAUAUGAUUGAGAGGAAAAUCAAUCCAAAUGUAGUCACUUUCAACGCAUUGAUCGAUGCAUUUGUGAAGGAGGGGAAGCUUGUAGAGGCUGAGAAAUUGUACGAGGAGAUGAUCAAAAGGUCUAUAGAUCCUGAUAUUGUCACUUACAAUUCAUUGAUCAACGGGUUUUGUAUGCACAAUCAUCUAGACGAGGCCAAACAGAUGUUUGAGUUCAUGGUUAGCAAGGAAUUUUUUCCAGAUGUAGUAACUUAUAGUACGCUUAUAAAGGGAUUUUGCAAGUGUAAAAGGGUAGAUGAAGGUAUGGAGAUCUUCCAGGAGAUGUCUAGAAAAGGAUUGGUUGGAAGUACAAUCACUUACAACACUCUUAUCCAAGGGUUAUUUCAGGCUGGAGAUUGUGAUAUGGCUCAAGAAACUUUUAGUCAAAUGGAUUCUCUUGGUGUCUCUCCCAAUCUUUGGACCUACAACAUUUUGUUAGAUGGACUCUGUAAUAAUGGGAAGCUAGAGAAAGCAUUGGUGGUAUUCGAGUGUUUGCUGAAGAGUGAAAUGGAACUUGACAUAUUCACAUAUAGUAUUAUGAUUGAAGGGAUGUGCAAGGCUGGGAAGGUGGAAGAUGGGUGGGAUCUAUUUUGUUGCCUCAGCCGUAAAGGAGUGAAGCCUGAUGUUAUAACCUACACUACAAUGAUCUCAGGAUUCUGUAGGAAAGGUUUAAAGCAGGAAGCACAUGCCUUGCUAAAAAAAAUGAAAGAAGAAGGGCCUCUUCCAGAUAGUGGUACUUAUAAUACGCUUAUUAGGGCGCAUCUUAGAGAUGGUGACAAAGCAGCAUCAUCUGAACUCAUCAGAGAAAUGAGGAGUUGCGAGUUUGCUGGAGAUGCUUCAACCAUUGCCUUGGUCACUAAUAUGUUGCAUGAUGGGAGAUUGGAUAAAAGCUUUUUGGAAAUGAUUUCGUAAGACAUCCUUGAGGUUAAUAAGCCUUUUAUGUUGCUUUUCUGGUAAUCACUUUCUAAUUCAGUCCUUAUAUGGUCAUGAAUAUGUUUGAUUAGCUUUUAAAUUGAUGGUUUCUACUACAGAAGAAAAUAUUAUCUGAAAAGCAAAUAAUUCACUUUGAUAUGAUAAGGUCUGUUGAAGUAUGCAUUUGUCGGGUUUUGCAGAGUAGAAACCGUCUCGCUUCUAAUGUUUGUAAUAUCCAUCUUUAUCUCAGAAAUAGUACAUGAACGAAAAUAAAGUUCACGAACUUCAUAGCU